AUGAUUCCCGAGAAAGCUCGUCUUCGUGUAGUCAUUGUCGGAGCUGGACUUAGUGGCAUUGCCACUGCGAUCUCAGCAGCGCUGUCCGGUCACUCGGUCCAGGUCAUUGAGCAAGCACAGGAGUUGGCUGAGGUUGGCGCCGGGUUGCAAAUCACUCCGAAUGCCUCGCGUCUUCUCAAAUACUGGCAGCUUCCUGCCACACUCUGGGAGGCGGCUGCCGAGCCCACAAAGCUGACUGUGCAUCGCUACUCUGGCCAGGUUCUGGCGCACGAUGACACCUUCAAUCAGGGGAUUCGUGCUAAGUACCAUGCGCCAUUUGUGGACUUGCAUCGUGUCGAUCUGCAGCAGGCGCUCUUUGCGCGAGCGAAAGACCUGGGUGUGACCUUCCACCUUGGGCAGAGGAUCGAGGGCCUUGAUUUCGACACCACCACGGUGCAUUCAGUAUCCGGGGAGCGCUACACGGGUGAUCUGAUCAUUGCUGCUGACGGCCUGUGGUCUCAGUGCCGGGAGGCAUUCGAGGGCAAAAAGGAUGCGCCACUCCCGACUGGGGAUCUUGCGUAUCGGAUUGUGUUAACGGCAGACCAAAUCACCGACCCGGAUCUCAAGGCCCUUGUGGAGAACCCGGAGGUGCAUUUCUGGAUUGGUCCUGGAGCUCAUGCGGUGGGCUAUUCCUUAAGAGGAGGACAAAUGUACAACAUUGUCCUUCUGGUGCCUGAUAACCUGCCUCCAGGUGUUUCAAGGCAGGCGGGCUCCGUGGAUGAGAUGAAAGAGCUCUUUGCGGAAUGGGACCCAAUACUCAACAAGUUCCUGACUUAUGUUACAACGGCCAAUGUCGAUAAGUGGAAGCUUAUGCAUCGCGGUGAAAUGGAGAGGUGGGUCAAUGAUAAGUCUAAUCUUGUCUUCAUUGGUGACUCUUGCCACCCAAUGCUCCCAUAUCUGGCGCAGGGCGCCAACUCGUCCUUGGAGGAUGGGGCUGUCCUGGGUCUUCUGCUGGGACAGAUGAGAGACAAGGCUCAGCUGCCGCGUAUCUUGCGUCUGUAUGAAAGUCUUCGCAAGUCGAGGGGAGACGCAAUUGUGCGAGAGACAUUCAAGCAGAGACACGAUUUCCACAUGCAGAAUGGCGAGGAGCAGAAGAAGCGCGAUGAAAUCUUCCUCUCGCAGCUUGGCAAAGAGAUUAAGGGAGCCUUCCCUAGUAGAUGGACAUGUCCAGAAGUCCAACCGUGGUUGUACGGCUACGAUGCCGUCAAAGAAGUGGAAAAGGCCGUGGCACAGCACCCAAAUCUGUUCUCGACACAAGCCGAGUCUGCGUUAGCUUCUCUGUGA